ACACCCAGGCGCUACCCGAAUGCAGUGGGUCCUCUUCUCUGCCCAAACCCAGAAGAAAGCGGGGUCGUGACGGAACUGGGGAAUUGUCGGAGGUCCCAGAAUCACCGAAAAUAUAGAUUACAGAAACCUCAGUGUUGUGCGAGAGUACCCGUCAAAUAUAUAUUUUUACGAUUUUUCCAUAUUUGAACUAAUACGCAAGUAUGUCCUGGCAAGUCUACGUGGAUAACCUGAUGGCCGAUGGCAGCUGCCAGGACUCCGCCAUUGUUGGGUGCACGGACGCUAAGUAUGUCUGGGCAUCGGUUCCCGGUGGUACAUUUGUUAACAUAACGGUUGACGAAAUCGACGUCAUAGUAGGAAAGGACCGAGAAGCUUUCUUCUGCGGCGGGCUGAUCCUAGGCCAAAAGAAGUUCUCUGUCAUCAGAGACAGCCUCCACUCCGAUGGGGACUGGACAAUGGACAUCAGGACAAAGAGUCAAGGAGGAGAGCCCACAUACAACGUUUCCAUAGGCAAAGCCGGCAAAGUCUUGGUUCUUGUAUUGGGCAAAGAAGGGGUCCAUGGAGGCGGAUUGAAUAAGAAGGCAUACUCAAUGGCAAAAUACUUAAGGGAUUCAGGGUUCUAGUUUUGUCUUGACUUAGCCCAGGUGUAGUAGUUGAGGAAGAGGAGAGAAGUAAAGAAAAAAACACAAAAUAUAAAUGUUAAAGCAAAGAUUGCUGUUAACAUUUCCUUUCAAGCAGUCCUAUUUAAAAUGAGCCCUGGCAGUGUUAGUGGCAGUGCAGGGCCACAUGUUUAAGACCCUGCAGUCAACAAUGUAGCCCCACCUUUAGUGGGGAAAAGUGGUUUCUUAUCCCCCCCCCCCACCAUGUCUGUUCAUUUCUGUUCUUUUUUUUUCUUGUGUACUCCAGCAUUGGUUUUAGUCAUGGGAAAGGAAGGUGUCCAUGGAGGGCAGCUCAACAAGAAAGCGUAUACAAUGGCUGAAUACCUGAGGAAGUCUGGAUACUAAAGCAGCCUCUGCCCAGCCUCCUAGCAGCUCACCCUUACCACCCUCUUGCGUUUCAGUACUUCCAGUUCUAGUUGGUAGUUGCUUAUUUUUUUCUCCCCUCUGCCCCCUCCCAUUUUUUUGCUCCCUUUUUAUUUAUCCCCUUUCUCUAUUUAUCCCCUUUCUCUUGUCCUUUUCCAUUCAUCUUUAUGCAUUCACACUGUGUACUCUAUCCCAUUCUAGCACUACUGUUGCACCAUAGUUAAAGAUGAGCAUGUUGUUAACAGGACAUUGUGACAACUCUGUACUUAUAAAGACCUGCACCAUUCUAGCCAAUGCUCAGUGAAAACCCUAAAGUAAAGGAAACCUAAAUUAAACUGAGAUUUCAAAUGAUGGUGCCCGGUAGGUCAGACCCUUGAGCAGCCGAUGCCUUUGGAGAACUUGAGCAGUAAUCAAGCUCAUAUUGUCUUCCUUUUCUAGCGCAUGUCUGGGAGGGGAAACUGCAUGCAUAUCUUUGAGCCUACUGAAAUACUGUUCCCUCUGCCCCGCGUGCCCUGUAACUCCUGCCAAAUGUCUGUUCCUCCUUCCCUUCCUCUUUCCCAUCCUGUUUGUUCAUAGUAGGUGACACUCCAUCAGUACUCAGGAGGCAUAUUCCUCCAACCACUACACCUUAAAGUCCUCCGUAGCCCCCUCUCCCAUAUGGGUUUUUAGGGGGGGGGUGGGCAAUCCAUUUUGGUAUUGAUUGAAUCAAAUGGCAACACAGCGUUGACGCAGGUAGAAUCUCCUCCCAUGCCCUCUUCAUGACCUUUCUGACUACAUGAACCCCAUGGACAUUCCAUCGUUGCAAUGGCUCAGGCACUUAAAAUAUUGUUUGCCAGCUCCUGUAAUAUUUAUUUUAUUUUUAAGGCUGCCAUUUUGGACAGUAGAUAUCCCAGCAUAACGAUCUGGAGUGUGUCCAGUUAGAAUUUUUCAUAGGACCAACUUUUGUUGCAGCUUGGGUAUUUAUACAGUUGCUCUAUCAUUGUGAAGGACGACUGCUAGCCUCAUCUUUCUGCUGAAGGCAAAACACUAUCACAUGACACCAGAUAACGCUGCGGGGAGGAGUAGUAAUUUGAGGAAAUCUAUUUCCUCAUUUGUCAACUUUUUUAUUUUAUUUUUUAAAGAAAUGAAUUACUGCAUUUGAUAACCCAUGCUGUGUGAAGAAACAACUGUGGAAUAAAUUGCCUUGUUCUCUAGUCAUCAACUAAGAUGUGGUAUCAAACUGUUCAGGCUCUGUACUUGAUGUAAUCUCCAAUUGAAAAUAACUUACACUAGAAUUGACACUCAAUUUAAUGGGAGAUGGGAUUGGUUGGAAUAAGAACACUUUGGUUGUCUUGUGGAAACUUAAAGUACAAAACAUGGGUCUCCUGUGCCAUAAUGUAGAGAUCUGUUGCUAUUGUGUGAUAGAUUUUAACUGCUGCCCAGUAAGGGGUCAUUUCAUUGGCACUUUUUAGGGGUGUUUUAGCAUCUGCUCCAAUGUUCAGGCCUUGUGGCAUGAGUACUAAUUAAAAUCUUAUUUGCUGAUUUUUGUUCAUUUCUUCCCCCUACACCUUUCUUACACCUGGGAUAGUCUAACACAUUGGAUUUCAUAUGCAUAAACCAAUAAAUGCCAUAAAUUGAUUUAUCACCUUGUUUACAGACCGAUCAAAUAAAUUUAUUCCAACCAGA